AGAAAAACAAAUGUAAAUUUUUCUUACAACCCUUACAGGAAGAACUAUCACUCUUACUUGUGAUUCAUAGGAUAAUAUUGAAAGUGUUAAAAUAAAAAUAUAAGAUACUGAAGGGAUUCCUUAUAAUCAAUAGAGAAUUCUUUUUGGAUAAUGUGAAUUAAAGGAUAAUCAAACUCUCUCAUAGUAUGGAAUCACAAAUAAUUCAUUUUUGAAUUUAUUAUUAAGAUUAAAAGGAGGAGGUUAACUAUUUGUGAAAACAAUGUCAGGCAGAACUAUUACAAUAACAGCAGAAUACGAAAUAACAAUUAAAGAUUUUAAAUAUUUGGUUUAUGAAAAAACUGGAAUACCACCUUAAUAAUAAAGAUUGAUAUUUGCAGGUAAGGUCUUAGAGGAUUAGCUUAGAUUGAAUGAUUAUAAUAUACAAAAAGAAUCAACAGUUCAUAUGGCAGAAAGGUUAAAAGGGGGCUAUUCAACAUCUAAUUGA